AUGAAACGGGAGAGGAACAAGCACGUUAAAAGCCGUCCACUCAUUUUGCAUUUCUAUAGCACAAGCAGUUUUGUGACGUUUAUAUGGGGAGAAGAAAGACAACAUUAUAUAGAUAAACUGCAAAAAUUCUGCUGUAUAGAAUUCAAGGUGAGGAUCGUGGAAGCACAUAAACGACUCCACGGGUCAAGCCCGAACGCCAGGUUCGAAAUCACCAGGUCGAAAUGGAACCAAUACAGCUGGACGUGGUCCAAAAGUUGGCCAGAUUACAGGAAGGAGAAAGGCUUUGAGGUGGUAUUUGCAGUUGAUAUCAGAGGCGAUGUUAAUCGAUGGUAUGUUGGAAAAGCGACGCUGGGCAUGAGAAAUUUCUGCUCGGAUUUUGGAGUAAGGAAUAUGUUUUGCCGUUUAUUAAUGAAUUGGAAAUAUGCGAAACCGUCGGCUUUUGAGGGGGAGCCAUACGAAUUGCAACCUGGAGUAGUUCGCAAACAGACGUACAAUUUGGAGAGGCCUAAAAUGAGUCGAUAUCACCAUAACAAUUCAAAGGUCAGUGACUUGAAUGCAAAGUAUAGGCCUGACCGCUGACCUAGAAAGGAUGUAAUAUUUCAUCCCAGACUAUAGAUCGACCUUAAAGAUUUCCCCAAAUCCGCGCACAGCUAAAAGUAUAAAGAAAUCAUUCACGGGUGUAUCGUAAGCAUUUGAUGACACGACAAACCACCGUAAUUCGUACUUCGUAGGCCUAGUGUAACCAGACUUAUAAUUGCAAUGUGCAUUCAAUGUAUCAUCGCGUUUUUAUAUUGUUCUGGCCAAAGGUAAUUAGUCGAACUCUCGAAUGUGACCACUG